AUGGAACUCCCCAUCCCGUCAGAUGCGCGGGGGUCGAUGUGGCAGAGGGACGACGAUGGGAACGAUGGUACCGGGAUUGGUCCCGCGCCGUCUUACGGGGAGGUGGAGGGUCUGGGUCCCCCGAUGUGGUUUUAUACCGACAGCGCACCUGGCCUUGCGCAACCCAGCCAAGUGUCGGAUUUGUCGGAGACCCAUCAAUUUAACUGCACUGCGGCCUACGGCACUGAGGACAGUCUCACGGUCAACCCGCAGCAGUUGAGACUCCAGACACCCACGCCCGACGCCGCAGAACGACGUGGAAUGGACCUUCCCACCUCUGACUCGAGCGCUGACUGGCCGCAAAUCCCGCUCCUCGAGGACUUUUCGGUCUUUGACCACCAACAAGCGCUCUUGUUCAGUGGUGGCGAACCCACCAACUCGCUCGAAUUUGCGUCCACUAGUUUUGAUGGCCCAAGCAGCUGUGUCCCAGACAUUUCCGCUCAUGAAGCCGUUGCUAUGCCCGGUAGUGCUCUGGAAAGCAGCAAUUUCAGCAGUUUCACGAGUUUUGAGCCUGCUCCAGCCAGCCCUUCCUUUGCAGACGACUUCUCUCAGCUUGUGCUCGAGCAGCAACAAGCGCCCGGCGGGGCUGUUGGCCUCACCCAGGAUUUCCUUCCUUUUGGCGAUUUCAACGAUGUCGACAACUCCGACAGCUCCUCACAGUCUUUUUCUUCGCCUUUUUCUGCGAGCGCCGGCAUCAUGACGCCUCCGCCUUCUGAUUAUUCGACUACUUCCUUCGCCGAUCCUUUGAGUCCUAGUUCUGUGGCUCCUACGAUUUCUACGCCCGAGCCGGGUCCCCCGGAGACACCCAUUUCUGCCCAGGAGAGCGACCACUCCCCAACUACCCGCCCGAAGGAGUUCCGCUGCACAUAUCCCGGUUGCAAGAGCAAGAAGAAGGUUUUUCUUCUUGAAUGCAAGCUUCGGAAACACAUGCGCAACCACACGCGCCCAGACAAAUGCCCCUUCUGUACCAGCUUCAAGGGCGCCGCCCAGUUCAAGGGGCUGGCGCGACACGUACGCGCCGCCCACUCCGACCUCCCCGAAGCACGCGCCAACCGGGCGUACUGGGCCGAGGAGGUGGCGUGUGAGUUGUGUGGGCGGUUGAUGCGCAAGGAUAACCGUAAGCGGCAUGCGAAGAGCUGUGAGGGGAGGGGGACGGGUGGUCGGGUGGCGGUGGUUGGUAUGGAUGGGGUGAAAGGGGUUGGAGGUGGAUGA